UAGAUUAGGUUCAAUUAUUCCACAAUCCUCUACCCUCUCUAUAUCUCCACUCUGCAUUGCGGCUAGGGUUUCACCAAACCCUUUCUCUUGUUCACUCUAUCUUCAAGAAACUUGUAGGGUUUUUGUGAGUUAAUCGAUCUGAAUUAGACAUGACGACUACGAAUUGGAAUUAGGGUUCUUAUCUGUUGCAAAGACUGAAACUUUGUUUCAAAGGGUUCUGUACGAGUGUAAGAAAAGAAAGGAAGAGAUGGCCACCGCGAACCCUUUCGAUUUGCUCGGAGACGAUGACAACGACGACCCUUCACAACUUGUGCAAAAGAUCGUUUCUGCGCCGGCGAAGAAAGCUCAACCCGCUGCUCCCGCCGGUAAAACCGCAGCGCCGCCGGCUAAGCCUUCGGCUAAACUUCCCUCUAAACCUCUCCCUCCAGCUCAAGCCGUGAGAGAAUCAAGAAACGAAGGUGGUUAUGGAGGCCGUGGUGGUGGUGGUGGUGGCGGCGGCCGUGGGUAUGGCCGUGGCCGUGGUGGUGGUGGAGGAUUCAAUAGAGAUUCAUCAAACAACGAGGCCGGUUUUGGUAAUCGUGGAUUUUCCGGUGGUCAAGGUGGUGGUGGUGGUGGUGAAGAGGCGGAUGGUAAAUCUUUUGAGAGACGUAAUGCUGGUAGUCUUGGUGGUUAUGGUGGUUCCCGUGGCGGUUACCGUGGCGGCCGUGGUGGUUCUUUUGGUAAUGGAGACUCAGAGGAGGGCGAACGCCCUCGCCGGACAUAUGAACGCCGUAGUGGGACCGGGCGCGGGAAUGAAUUCAAACGUGAGGGAGCUGGUCGUGGGAACUGGGGAACACAAGCUGAUGACAUCAAUCGUGAAAUUGAGGAAGCAGUGAUUGAAGGUGAGAAAACUGUGGUUUCUGAAAAACCAGGUGCUGAGGAAGAAGCAGUUGAUGGGAAGAAAGAGAAUCCUGCAAAUGAACGUGUGGAGGAGCCUGAGAAUAAGGAAAUGACACUUGAAGAAUAUCAAAAAGUUCUUGAGGAAAAAAGAAAAGCUCUUGAGUCACUAAAGACUGAAGAAAGGAAAGUGGAAGUGGACAAAGAGCUUGCAUCCAUGCAGCAGCUUUCCAACAAGAAAACCAAUGAUGAUGUUUUUGUCAAAUUGGGUUCUGAUAAAGAUAAACGUAAAGAGAUUGCUGAGAAAGAAGAGAGGGCUAAAAAGUCACUCAGCAUCAACGAGUUCUUGAAACCCGCUGAAGGCGAACGAUAUUACAACCCUGGCGGCCGUGGCCGUGGACGUGGCGGUGCUAGAGGCGGCGGCAGUGGUGGUGGUGGGCGGUUUAACCAAGGUGGUGGUGGUGGUGGUUCAUCAAACUAUGCACCAGAGGCUCCUAAAAUUGAAGACCCGAGUCACUUCCCGACUUUAGGGGGCAAGUGAGCUGCCCGCUGCCCGCCAUGAUGAUUUUAUAUAAAAAAAAAGUUUUAUUAAAAUGGCGGGAAUACAAGAAAAAUAAUGGAAGUUUUUUUUAAAACUUUCAUGUGUCAGAAAAAAGGGUUGCUAAAAACUUGUCACGUUUUUAAAUGUUUGAUUUAUUGGUUUUUCCUAUAUGCUCUCUACGUGUAACCUUUGUUUUGUCGUUUAUUUUGUGAACCUUUUCAAGUUUUUUUUAGAGAUUUUGAGGCAUAUGGAGACCAAUUAAUUUGUGGGUCAAAACUCAAAACGCUUGUUUCUCAGUUUUGUUAUGAAAUAGAUAGAUGACAAUUUUUACUUGUUUC